GGCCCUCUGCCUGCUGAGGAGGAGGGUGACAGAGUCAGCUGGGCUCAGCUUCAAGGGGACAAGGUAGGAGACCUGCCAAAUUUCUUGGGAGGGACCAUGGCCAGUGCAGAAUCCUCACUGCUCACAACCCCAGGGCCCAACUCAGAUCCUGGCAACAGUGAGGUGGAGCUGGACUGCUGGUUUGAUGAAGAGUUCAAGUUCAUCCUGCUGCCUGUGAGCUACGCAAUUGUCUUCGUGCUGGGUCUAGUCCUCAAUGCUCCAACUCUCUGGCUCUUCCUCUUUCACCUCCGACCCUGGGAUGCAACGACCACCUACAUGUUCCACUUGGCUUUGUCAGACACUUUGUAUGUGCUGUCACUGCCCACCCUCGUCUACUAUUAUGCAGCCAGAAACCACUGGCCCUUUGGCACUGAGCUCUGCAAGUUCAUCCGCUUCCUCUUCUACUGGAACCUCUACUGCAGUGUCCUUUUCCUCACCUGCAUCAGUGUGCACCGCUACCUUGGAAUCUGCCACCCCCUGAGAGCAAUACGUUGGGGCCGCCCAAGACUUGCAGGCCUUCUCUGCCUGGCAGUUUGGUUGGUUGUAGCCAGCUGUCUUGUACCCAAUCUGUUCUUUGUCACAACCAGCUCCAGGGGGGAUACCAUCCUGUGCCAUGACACCACUCGGCCUGAGGAGUUUGACCAUUAUGUCCACUUCAGCUCAAUAAUCAUGGUGCUGCUCUUUGGCAUACCCUGCGUGGUCACUCUUGUCUGCUAUGGGCUCAUGGCCCGGCGCCUGUAUCGGCCUUUGCCAGGGGCUGCCCAGUCAUCUUCUCGUCUGCGUUCUCUCCGCACCAUUGCAGUGGUUCUGACUGUCUUUGCUGUAUGCUUUGUGCCUUUCCACAUCACCCGCACCAUUUAUUACAUGGCAAGGCUGUUGGAAGCUGAUUGCCAGGUGCUGAACAUUGUCAAUGUGGUAUACAAAGUGACCCGGCCUCUGGCCAGCGCCAAUAGCUGCCUGGAUCCUGUGCUCUACUUGCUCACUGGGGACAAGUAUCGUAGGCAGCUCUGGAGGCUCUGUAGUGGUGGUACCUCCCAGCCCCCCAGGGCUGCCUCCUCCCUGGCACUAGUGUCCCUGCCUGAGAGUAGCAGCUACAGGAGGACAACAGUCCAGGACAGUGGCUGCGCUACCCCUAGGGCAGAAAAAUUGUAGCACUGGAAGCCUGGAAGGAAGAGAAAAGGGGGUGAGUGCAGGGCAGAGGUGAGGGAUCCUCAUGGUGACAACUCAAAUUGUUGCCUCCUCUUCAUUCCCAGGUUCUGGUGAGAGACCCUCCCUCUGAGGGUUAGGGGGAGCCAGGAAAAUCAUGUGUGAUCCCCAUCUCUCAUAAAUCCUUCAGUUGUCCUCUACUUUUUAGCCAAAGGCAGUAGCAGCCACUCUUUCUCCUCUACAUCUUCCUCUAAGUUUCCUUGGGCCAUUGGUCCUGUUUCUUGAUCCUAGGAGACUUCCUGGAACCCUUCCCCAGCUUUCCUUUCUCCCACAUCCUUGUAUAGCAUGCUUUACUCCAGUCAGACCAGAGCAUUCAAGUGGAAGAGUGGAGAAGCUGGAGUAAUCUCAGGGUUGGCCUGAUUUAUCUGACAGUGACAGCCAGAACCAGGAGGUAGGGGCACUAGCAUGUCACAAAUGCCAAGGAUCUGACAUAUGUAGCUCCCAUAACCACUUCCUGGUUUCCCUGUGAGGACAAGAUAGUCUGGCCUACUUAGAUGCUGAAAUAGGGCACAAUCCAAGACAGCCUGCAGGGUCUCCACAUGCAGCUGGAGGCAUGGCACUGUUGAACUGGUGUGUAGCUGUAGGUAGAGAGGGAACCCUGAGUCUUACCAUGGGCUGGGAAUUUUGAAGAGCUUCGAGGGCAGGGCCCAAUCUGAUAAAAGACUUUGGAACAGGAAUGUGACAGGACCUCCUUUAUGAAGUUUGCUGAGAGCAUAUUUGACACUUCUGUAUGUAAUGAAAGGAGGAGGGGAAUGGCUCAGAAUGGGAGGGAAGAUCUUUCAUGUCUAUGGCUGUAAGUUCCAGCAUCAAGGGUAGAGCAGGUUUGUGCAGAGGUUGGGGGUGGUGACAGGGAUUGACGUCAGUGUUCACUGGUUUCUUCCAUUUCUCUAGCUCCUGCCCUAGAUAAAAAAUAAACCUGUCACCAGUUAUUUCAGAUCAGGAUUUAGUGUUUUGAGGCCAGAGAAGGGCACUGGACCAGGACAGCUCCCCCUCAGAGUCUCCCAUUUAGUCACCCACCCUCUCCCAGCUGCGUCUUAGUGCUUAAGGGCUUAUGGAUAUGGGGCGGGGGGAGGUUAUGGAACUUGGGGAGCUAAUUCCCAAGCAUUGGGAAGUAAGAGUUUCUGGGCAGGCUUUCAUGAGAAGGGUGGAAUCACAUUUCUAGGAAACCCCUUCUGAAAUGGCCUUCCAGCCCAUUGGUCUCCUGAGUCUUCAGCUUUCCUUUUCUUUUGCCCCACCCUUGCUGACCUGCCUCUGAUCUUCACUUAUCUAUUAGCUUACUCAGUCUUACUAGUUCUCUCUGGAAAGGAAGGUUGGGACUGGUCUGGAGAAAUAAAAUGACUUCAAUGCCCCCGAGUUCCCUUUUCCAUUCCUUUUAAGUGUGCUCUUUUCCUCCCUAGAUAUCCAGGACCCUGCUGCUACCUGAGACCCUUUCUUUUAGGAGUAAAUGAACUGGCCUUCUUACUAGUCUCCCAGUCUCAUAGCCACUGCCUAAACUGUUACACAACCUGCUCCUCAUCUGUACUCACUUCCUUUUAUCCCUAUGACCACAGCCUCCUUGUCCAUUACCUCUCCUACCCACAAUCUCCACCCAUGAAAGCUGCUCUUUCCAUUAUAACAGACCCAGCCUCCUCCAUUUCACCAUUUCAUUUAACUCCCAUAUGCUUAAUUGAGACUAAAUCCCCAGACUUUGUGGUCUGCUAGUUUAAGACUACCUUUCCUCUUACUCCAACCUUAGUUAAAUAUCUUGAUUUUCACCGUGUGCCAACCUUCUCCUCUCUCCUAGACUGUAGGAUACUGCAUAUGAAGCCAGAACACAAGUAUGGCUUAACCCACUAAAACUUUUUGUCUUGGAAUUUCAUCUAAACCUCCAUCCUUUUUAGUCUGCUGAGUUCCUAAUGAACAUUCCAGAGAGAUUGUUUCCUAUCUUUCCCACUUUCUCAAGACACCAAUUUCAUCCUACCCUAUGAUCUCUUAAGAUUUACUUGCCUCCUGGGCCAUUGGUUCUGUUUCUUGAGGCUUCCUAGAAUUGAGAAACUAAUACCUCAACUUCUUUCUGCUUCAUUUAGGAUAACUCUAGUUCUAUAUCCAUCCCAUCUUUCUCCCUUUCUUCCCUGAAGUCUCAGAAUAAGAGAUGGCCUCUUGUUUUUUUCUUUUGUGUAUAUCUUUCUUCAUCAUUUUUCAUUUCUUCCAUAACUAAUUUUGUUCUGUCUUAAAAUACACAAACACACACACACCAAAAGGCAACCAAAUGAAAAUAAAGCAUUACCACUGACAUCUUAAUUCUGCCGUCUCUUCUAGCUAUCAUUCUAUUUAUCUUAUUCAUUUCACUGUCAUUUCUAGAAAGAGUACCAUAAAGCUUGUUUCCUCACCACAAAGUCACCUCUUAACUCUCUUAAUUUGGUUUCCUUUCUAUACUUUUUUUUUUUGUAUCUAGAACACAAAUUACCUUAUAAGAUCUUUAAUGAUCUUUUUUUCUACCAUUAUUGUUUUUGACUUCUCUAUGAUGUCCUUUUGCAUAUUCCCUUUAAAUUUUUUUGUGUAUUUUAUUUUUAAAAUUUAUCUUUAUUGCUGAAAGUAUUACAGAUGUCCUCUUUUCCCUCCUAUUGAUUCCCUCCACCUCACUCCCUCCCCCCCCCCCCAGGCCUUCACCGCACUAUUGUCUGAAUCCAUGGGUUAUGCACAUGUAAAUUCUCUGGUUAAUCUCUUCCUGCAUAAAAACAGCACUAAAAAUUCCACUAUGACAACAUCAAAGGAAAUUUUUAAAGAAAAUAAUCACCUGUAUUUUGAAGCUCUCAACAAUUGCUUUCAUUUUUUCAUGUCCAUGCUUUUUCAGUUUGUAUAAUACAUACAUAUUUUAUAUAAGUAUAAUCAUAGUGGACAUAUUUUUUGAAAUUCUGCAAAAAUAUUUUAUUGUAAAUAGUCUCUUUAUGCUGCAGUCUUUCCUGUUCAUCAUUUUCAAUGACUGCAUAAAAUUGUACCUAUCAGUAGAUUAUACUUUAUUAGACUAUUCCCCUAUUAUUGGACAUUUAGGUGACUCUCAAUUUUUCUGUGCUUUGAAUAUCUUAAUGCAUAUGGCUUUUUUCUUCUUUGUAAUUCUAU